AUGUUUUUCUCACGCAUUGCCAUUCUGGCUGCUUUGGCUAGCUAUGCCACUGCUCAAACCUCGACCGACUGUGACCCCAUGAAGAAGGAUUGCCCUGCGGACCCCGCCCUGGGUACCGAACACACAUGGAACUUCAACACGACCUUGGACGAAAAGAUCUGGAAAAUGACCACCGGAACCUACGAUCACGAUGAAGAAGGAGCCAAGUUUACCCUCUCCAAGGAAGGAGAGUCUACCCUCCUACAGUCCAACUUCUAUAUCUUCUUCGGUGUCGUCGAAGCCCACGUCAAGAUGGCCAAGGGCGCAGGCCUGAUCAGCAGUGUGGUCUUGGAGUCUGACGAUCUGGAUGAGAUCGAUUGGGAGUGGGUAGGAUACAACACUAGCCAAGUGCAGUCCAACUUCUUUGGCAAGGGUAACGAUAGCUCCUUUGAUCGCGGCGGAUACCACGACGUGACGAACGCAGACACCGAGUUCCACAACUACACCACAUACUGGGACCAGGAUAAACUCCAAUGGUGGAUUGACGGCGAUAUGGUUCGCGAACUCAAAUACACCGACGAGAAAGCCUUGUUUGGCAAGAACUACCCACAAACCCCCUGUCGUGUCCAAUUCAGUCUCUGGCCCGCUGGUUCGCCGAACGCGAGAAAGGGUACUAUUGAGUGGGCCGGUGGCCUUGUCGACUGGGAUAACGCGCCUUUCAGUAUGACCCUUGGCAAGCUGCAUGUUAAGGAUUUCCACUCUGGCAAGGAAUACAGCUAUGGGGACCGCACAGGUUCCUGGGAGAGCAUCAAGGUGUCGGGCGGAAACUCGACCGCACAGGAAGAACUGGAGAAACCCGAGCCUUUGUCUCUGUCAGAGAAAUGGGAUAAUCUCGGCGAGGGAGCCCACAUUGGAGUCUACAUCGGCGCCGCCGUUGCCGCUGCGUUGCUUAUCGCAGCCUUCCUAUUCUUCUGCCUGCGCCAGCGCCGCAAGGGUCGUCUCGAGAACGCAUUGGGCAACAACCCAGUUCCUCUUAACCGUGACGAGAUGCAGAAUUUCCAGAAAGACUGGAGGCAGAGCGAAUGGAAGCAGAAUGGUGGUUACCAGCAGGUCAACAACUAG